AAUACUACUUGAUAUAGCAAAUAAGACUAUCAAUAAAUAUCUAAAUCUUUAUAUAUAUUCUUAUAGUGAUGAGGACUCAAAAGGGGGAGAUGAAGACAAUCUUGAAGAAAGGUGCAUGGAGCCUUGAAGAAGAUCGUAUGUUGAUUGCAUAUAUCAAUAGAUAUGGCAUAUGGAAUUGGUCUCACAUGCCCAAAUAUGCUGGCUUGUUAAGAAGCGGGAAGAGUUGCAGGCUCCGAUGGAUGAACUAUUUGAAGCCGGACCUAAAGAAAGGGAGCAUCUCUGAAGAAGAAGAACAAAGCAUACUCCAUUUUCAUUCAAUCUUAGGGAAUAGAUGGUCUGCAAUUGCAAGGAAACUUCCCGGAAGAAGUGACAACGAAAUUAAAAAUUACUGGCACACAAAUUUAAAGAAACGUGUUGCAAGCAACCCUGUGAUCAAAGGAUCAAAGCAAAAGGACAAGAACAAGUCACCAUGCUUUAAAUCUCAUAAUGUUGAGGAAACAAAAGAGGACCUAAAUAUUGCAAACGACAUCAGCAACAACUUCCACUUCUCAUGGACAUCCGAAGAUGAUAGUUCAACAUCUAGCGGAAGUCCUACUUUGAACGAAUUUACAGCGGGUAUCGGUUCACCAGGAACAGUUGAAGAUCUUCGAUGUUUUUGGAGAGAACUUUACCCAUUGGAAGACUUGGAUAUCAGAAAAUCUGAUCAGGAAAUGUUUCAUGAUCACAUUUUCCAAUAUUCAUAUGACGAUACAAUCGCACCGUGGAGCUUCUAUAACGAUGAAUAUGAAAUCGCACCAUCAAGCGUUUAAUAAAAGUUAACAGUUAGAUCAUUAAAGUCUUGGGUUUAAAAUUUAAACCCUAGUUAGAAGAAAAUAAUAUUGUUGUAUCUUUUUGAGGUUACGGUGGUUUAGGUCUUAAUUUACUUAUGCAUAAUAAUAUUAGCUAAACAGUUUGAUCGCCUGGAAUCAAUUCUUACAGGUCCUGAAGUGCACCUGAAACACUUAAUACUUUUUCGGUAUUUUAUCCCAGAAGAAAUUAAGGAGCAAACAACUAACAUUCAUAUAUAGUACUAUUUCGGUAUUUUAUCCCACAAA